AGCACCUGCGGAUCUGCCCCCAGGGCUACACCUGCUGCACCAGCGAGAUGGAGGAGAACCUGGCCAACCGCAGCCGGGCCGAGCUGGAGGCCGCCCUCCUGGACAGUGGCCGCGCCCUGCAGACCACGCUUGCCACCCAGCUGCGGGGCUUCGACGGUGAGUGGGCUCGGGGACUGCAGGGCACUGGUGGGGGGAGCUGGGCACUUGGGGACCUCUCCCUGGUGCCCCUGGGCCUGGAGUGCUCGCGGGCUGUCAUGAAGCUGGUCUACUGCGCCCACUGCUUGGGCGUGCCCGGUGCCCGGCCCUGUCCCGACUACUGCCGCAACGUGCUGAAGGGCUGCCUGGCCAACCAGGCCGACCUGGACGCCGAGUGGAGGAACCUUCUGGACUCCAUGGUGCUCAUCACGGACAAGUUCUGGGGCCCAGCGGGCGCGGAGGGCAUCAUGGGCAGCGUGCACCUGUGGCUGGCAGAGGCCAUCAGUGCCCUCCAGGACAACAGGGACACGCUCACGGCCAAGGUCAUCCAGGGCUGCGGGAACCCCAAGGUGAACCCCCAGGGCUCCGGGCCUGAGGAGAGGCGGCGCCGGGGCAAGCUGGCGCUGCCAGAGAGGCCGCCCACAGGCGCGCUGGAGAAGCUGGUCUCUGAGGCCAAGGCCCAGCUCCGAGAUGCCCAGGACUUCUGGAUCAGCCUCCCGGGGACACUGUGCAGUGAGAAGCUGGCCAUGAGCACGGCCAGUGAUGACCGCUGCUGGAAUGGCAUGGCCAAGGGCCGGUACCUCCCCGAGGUGAUGGGCGACGGCCUGGCCAACCAGAUCAACAACCCCGAGGUGGAGGUCGAUAUCACCAAGCCCGACAUGACCAUCCGCCAGCAGAUCAUGCAGCUGAAGAUCAUGACCAACCGUCUGCGCAGCGCCUACAACGGCAACGACGUGGACUUCCAGGACGCCAGUGACGAUGGCAGUGGCUCAGGCAGCGGCGACGGCUGCCCAGACGACGUCUGCGGCCGGAGGGUCGGCAAGAAGAAUUCCAGCUCCCGGACCACCCUGACCCACGCCCUUCCCGGCCUGUCGGAGCAGGAGGGCCAGAAGACCUCGGCCGCGGGCUGCCCCCAGCCUUGCCCAUCCCUCCUGCUCCUCCCCGCCCUCACCCUGCUCCUCUCAGCAGCCAGGCCCCGGUGGCGGUAACUGCCCCGGCCCCAGGGACCGAGGCCAAGGACUGACUUUGCCAAAACUCGAAACAGACAAUAUUUAACUCUCGGCCUAGAGGCCCCGGGGCGGGACAGGAAGGGACAGCAAGGGACCGCAGCUCUGUGCCUGUCCUGGGGCGGGGCAAGUGGCGCUGGCCCCCUAGGCUGCCCUGCUUUCAGUUUUGUAUGAGGCCCUCAGGUCAGCCGGGAGCAAUGCCCCCAAAAGCCAUGCAUUUCAGGGACCUCGGGCAUGCGGUGGCCGUCUCUCCUCACGGCAGCGGCCCCGAGGCCUGUGAGGAAGCAGCCCUGAGCACGGUCCCGCUGGAGCGUGUGUGCGAGCCUGUGCCUUCCCCUCCCGCCUCCCCCGCUGAGCACUCAGGGCUCCAGGUGUCAGAAAGCAGGGCCACCCCUCAGUGCCCAAGAGCCCCCGAGGGGGCAUCAGGGCUCCCGCCGUCAGGGGUCUUGCACGGCCUCUGAGAUUCCGCACGGACCCUGGCCCCCCGGGCCCCCCAGCAUCAGGGCGAGUCUGGCUGGCGAGGCUGGCCCUAGGAAGGCACCGUCGCUUACGGGUCUGUCCAGAUGUCAUCCUCACCAGAGAGCAGCUGUGGGGCUGCUUGGACGCACAGCCACGUCACCUCUGGGCUCUGUUCUCAGCUGCGUCUCGGUGGCACUGGGCCGUGGUCCUGGCCGUCCUCCCGGGGCCGGC